CAUAGGUAACUAACGGCAAUACAUGUGAAAUUGACAAAGGAAAAUUUAUUUGUUAGGACGACGGAUUAACUAGACAACAUUGUGAAAAAGUCACGACAAAAUUUUUAUUACACCACCACGGUACAUCAUAAAGCAUUAUAAUAUAGAAUAUGUGUGUUAUUAACAUGUCGAAAGAUGGCACACGCCUCGAAAUGAAUGCUAUGUAUUUCAAGUUUGGUCGCACUCUAGUUGUCAUUUUGAACAUUACACUGUUGUUUGUCAUUUGUAUGAUCUUGACGGAGUUUUAUGGUGUUGUUAUAUUUCGUGAUGGGGGUUACACGGAGUGGUCAAAAUUUACCAAAUGUACCGUGAGUUGUGGAGGUGGAUUCAGGCAUCGUAAACGAGAUUGUACUGAUCCAGAACCUUCGUUAGGAGGGCGGAACUGCAGUAGACUAGGACUGUCUCAUGAGGCUCUGCGAUGCAACGAACGUAGCUGCCCAGUCAAUGGUGGUUUUGAACGAUGGAGCAGAUUUGGUGAAUGCAGUUCAAGCUGUGGAGGGGGGACUCAAAAACGAGUGAGGUACUGUAUUAAUCCAGUGCCUAAAUUUGGAGGAUUAGAUUGCAAGCAGCAAAAACUUGGUGGGUACGAAGAGGAGAGAAGUUGUAACGAGCAACCAUGUUCUGUCGAUGGCGGAUACACCGAAUGGUCUAAAUGGACAGAAUGCUCAGUAUCGUGCGGUGAAGGUACAAAAUCUCGGUCGCGUUCUUGCACAGAUCCAGCGCCAACUUUUGCAGGAGAAGAUUGUAGUAAUCUUGGUCCUGAUAAGGAGAGUGCGGAAUGUCUAAUUGAAUGCCCGGUUAACGGAGGAUACGGUGAAUGGACACACUGGGACAAAUGCACAGCUGAUUGCGGAGGAGGAUUUCACACGCGAACGCGGGCUUGUGACUCUCCCCCACCUAGUGGAAAUGGCAAAACCUGCCUGGAGAUGGGAUACGGAAAUGCAGAAGACACAAAGCCGUGUCAUACAGAGCCUUGUAACAGAGAUGGGGGUUAUAGCGCAUGGGGAGAAUGGUCAGAAUGCUCAAAGACAUGCGGGGGAGGGAGAACAGAGAGGGUGAGGCAUUGUGAUAACCCGAAACGAACAGGAAAAGGUAAAACGUGUAAGGAACAACACCUUGGAGCAAGCAUCGAAGCUGAUGAAUGCAACACCCAAAGCUGUUAGAUACGAGACAAAGAUUCAGUGAUAAGUUAUAGCGUUUAAAAAAGAGGUUCAUAUUUAGGUUAUUCAAUUAAUACAUUUACAUAUUUAUUAUUUAUUAUUAUUUAACCCUAGCUUUUUAGUUUCCAUUUUUUUAUUUGUUUAACUUUACUUCAAGAAACUUAUAUUACUAUGAAAGUGUUAGAAGCUUUGAUAAAAAAAAAAGUGAUAUUUUUGUUAUUUGAAAUUGUACUGAGAAGUAAAAAGUUCUUGUAACAGAAUAUCGUAUUAUAUAUUUCAAAAUAAAACGAAAAGUAAUAAUUUGA